AUGUUCGACACAUGCUUCAAGUUCCCUAAACAAGCUUUCGUGAAAUUACUUAAGAAAUCUACAACCUCUGGCUGGCUUAUUGGCUUGCUCAUAGCCUGUGAUGUUUUAAUCAUAACCGAAGCCUCGAAAUCUAAGCAAGGCACAACAAAGACCUUGGCUUUAGGCAAAAAUACUUUUCUUUCUUGUGAAGCUUUAGUUGUUGACACAAUUUCUUCGAUUUCUUCAAAUUCUACCAUACUUUGUCUCCAGAUCUCAAAUGCUUUAAACAAGCUUAAUUUAGCGAUUUUAUUGAGGACGUUCAAAUGCAGUUUUUGGUAG